AUGAGCCCGACAACAAAACCGUUUAAUGGAGCGGUGCGCUGCGAAUGGUUUCAGUCCCCAACACAAGUGACGUUCACUUUCUAUGUACGUGACCGUCAAGAGGAUGAUGUACGUGUGCAGGCGACGGACCGGUCACUGACAGUAACUAUUCUCCUUGAUCCCUCUGGGCGCGAGUACCAGUACAAUGUGGAUCAUUUCUAUGCACCGGUGACGCCCGAUGCCGCGGUGAUAAAUGUGCGGCCAAUGAAAAUUGAAAUAUCCCUUAAAAAGGCAUCUGAGAUGCAGUGGCCAGCGCUGGAAGCACUUGGCAACGAGGCGCCAAAGUUAGCCGCACCGUCGUUAACGGACUCUUCCAGCAAUGCUGCUGCUGUGGCGACAAACUCGUCGGUACCUUCAAAGGAGCUGAAGUACCCAAACAGCCGUGGAAAGGACUGGAGUGCUGUGAAGAUUGAUGACGACGAUGUGAAACCAGAAGGGGAGCAGGCUCUCAACGCACUUUUUCAGCAGAUCUACGGUAACGGUACGGAUGAGCAGCGUCGUGCGAUGAUGAAGUCUUUCGUGGAAAGCAACGGUACAGUUCUGUCCACUAACUGGGAUGAUGUGGGGAAGCGAGAAGUGAAGAUGGAGCCACCGACUGGAAUGGAACCGAAGCCGUAUACGAGCUGA